AGAGUUAAUAGUGAAUGGAAGGAACUUCAUGCGGAGGACGAGACGGUCACAGUCCCACCACUUUCCUUACUUUCAUUUCGCUAUCGUUCUAGUCGCCACGGUACUCAGCGCGCAGCAACACUUGUUUACAGAAGUUGCUCGAAAUUUCUUCAAUUCUGAGCAAUUUCUCCCAUAAUUUUGAUGGGCCAAAACUACUGAGACAUGGUGGUCCUGCCAGUGGUGAAGCUAGGAACGCUCGCUUUAAAGACACUAUGCAAACCUAUAGCCAAUAGGCUCAAGAGGGAGGCUGGCUAUCACCCAAAGUUCCGUCAGUUCAUCAUCAGCAUUGCCCAGGCGAAUCAUAGAUUCACAACAACAUUGCAGAGACGCAUAUAUGGUCAUGCGACUGAUGUUGCCAUACGCCCCCUGAAUGAAGAAAAAGCUGUCCAAGCCGCUGCAGACCUUCUUGGGGAACUCUUUGUGUUCGCGGUUGCAGGAGCUGCUGUCAUCUUUGAGGUGCAAAGAAGUUCUAGAUCAGAAGCAAGGAAGGAGGAAAUACGUAGGCAGGAAAUACAGGUUAUAAAGGAUGGGAAUGAAAACUUAGCCAGAGAAGUUGAACUUCUUAAACAAAAACUUGAAGAGCUGGAAGAACUUGCUAGAGGACGAGGACUAGCUGGCAUCCUUAACUUCAGGCACACUCAUGCAAGUGAAGACAAAAAAACAAGACCCAGCUAACUGUUGCAACUAGCAUUGUGCAUGGCUUGCGGAGAUCAACGGCCUCCGCAAGACUAUAUUCUUUUUGGAAGGAUACCCACGUGGAGAUUCUUAAUGCCUGCAAUGAUUUAAGUUUGACUGUCUCCUCCACGAAUGCGAAAUUCAUCCAGAAACUUUUCUGCCUUAUUUGUGCUGAUUAUGUGAAGCACUCUCACAGAAUCACAAGCUUUUUGGUACUUGCUUGUUGAUUGAGAAUUGACUGGUGGCCAAUGAAAUGAUGAUUUGAUCUGCUGGAAUAGAUGUUGAUGUUCAUUCUUAGUGGGAAGUGGGAAGGGAGUUGAAAUUUCAAUAGAAAGCAAAUAUCAAUGGGGAGAGAGUUGAAACCAUUCAUAAAUUUGGGAAUUAAAGACUCCUAUAAAGUUGUUGAACUUACAGGCCCUUUCAACCUUAUCGCAAUGUCGCGUGAAACAUAUAAAAGGAAAUUAUCAAAUGACUUGGUA